AUGCUACGGCAUUUGGUGGUCAUUUUGAUUGCAAUACUUUUAUUCACAUUCCCUCCUCAAAUUUCACCUUUAUUCGAAUCUCUUAGCAUCACCAGAUCUUCUACAACAUGUUAUCAAUAUACCACUCGUGAACAACUCAAAUCAAUACUUGAAUCAGAUACCCAUACAGCAAACUUUUGUAUUGAAAAGCCUACUCUAUCAUCACCAAAAAAAGCUAAUGCUACAAUGUUGAUGUUAUGUCGGAAUUCUGAUGUGUUCUCCGUAUUAGAAACAAUCCAAAACAUUCAAGAUCGAUUCAACAACAAAUACAAUUAUGAUUAUACUUUUUUAAAUGACAUUCCCUUUGAUUAUGAAUUUAUUUAUUUAGUAUCAUCAAUAAUCCCAUAUGGGAAAAUCAAUUUUGGACUCAUUCCAACUGAACAUUGGUCAUAUCCAUCACAUAUAAAUAUAUCAUUAGCUAAUGAAAUUAGACAAAAUUAUGUUAAUGUCCCCUAUGGAGAUUCAGAAAGUUAUCGACACAUGUGUCGAUUCUAUUCUGGGUUUUUUUAUAAGCAUGAAUUGGUUAGACAAUAUCGAUAUUAUUGGCGAAUAGAACCUGGUAUCAAAUUAUAUUGUGAUAUAAAUUAUGAUGUGUUUGAAUAUAUGAUGAUUAAUGACAAAAAAUAUGGAUUUGUCAUUUCAUUAUUUGAAUAUUCGGAAACCAUCCCAACAUUAUGGAAUCAUGUUUCUAAAUAUAUAAAUGAUAAUAUGAUUAUUUCCGAAUUGUUGCCUCUAUUGACUAAUGAAUAUAAUUGGUAUAAUUUAUGUCAUUUUUGGUCUAAUUUUGAAAUCGCUAAUCUUGAUAUAUUUAAUAAUGAUGAUUAUGAAAAUUUUUUCCAAUAUUUGGACAAUAUAGGUGGGUUCUAUUAUGAACGAUGGGGUGAUGCUCCAAUUCAUUCCAUUGCUGUGGCAUUAUUCUUACAGAAAAAAGAUAUUCAUUGGUUUGAAGAUAUAGGUUAUUAUCAUGUUCCAUAUCUACAAUGUCCUCAAGAUAUUGACUUGUACAUUAAGAACAAGUGUACUUGUAAUCCCAAUGAAGAUUUUACAUGGAGUGAACUUAGUUGUACCAACCAUUUUUUAAACAUUCUACAAGGUUGA